GAAGCGCCUGCUGCCGUCGGAGCGCGGGCGCGGCCCUCCAGACCCAGCUGCGGAGCCGCGCAGCGCCGGAGCUCAGCAUAGCGCUCCGACGGGCGCCUUGACGGAGACAACGCGCCGGAUCAGCUGGACACACUUCACUUUCACCUCCCCGGCCCGGCCCCACCUGAUCACCCGCCCACCCUCACUUUUUGCUGAGGUGCGACUCAGUCUCCUCCACGUUGCACUCGCCCGCCGCCGCCGAUGCCGCCAUCAUCGCCCCGCGGCUGCCGCCGCCUCCGCCCUUCCGCCCUUGCACGCCUGCGCAGGCGGUGAUGGCGGCGGGCGGAGGUGGGGCGGCCAUGACGGGCGGUCAGGCCGGAGCGGCGCGAUCCCGAUCGCUGUUCUUGUGGGAUGACGGGCAUCCUAUGCGGUUCUACCUGCGGCCCGGCCUGGCCAAGCUGCGCCUGGCACCCCUAGUGCUGGCGGGCGGCGGGCGCCUGUGUCGGGUGCAGGAGCCAGGGGCCGUGCUCCUGGCGCAGCCCGGCGAGGUGGCUCCCGACGGGGCCGUCUCAACCGAGUACGUGGCGGAGUGCGUGAAGCGCAACCAGCGGCUGCCGCUGGAGCCCUUCCUGCUGACAGCCCGCGGCCGCCUGGCCUUCACGGAGGCGGAGGAUGCGGCGCUGCUCCAGGCGGUGCGCGGCCAGGGCAUGGUGCGGGUGAGCGGCCGUGCGCUGUGGAUAGAGCUGGAGCGGAGCGGCCUGACGCGGCACAGCUGGCAGGCCAUGCGUGACCGCUACCUGCGGCACCUGCUGCCGCGGCUCUGGGAGCCCCCGCAGACGGAGGAUCCCACGCAGAUCAGGGGUCUGUUCGCGGCAGCUAAUCGGGAGUUCGAAAGCACGGAGUCGGAAAGCGACUCUUCAGAUGUUGCAGAACUUUCCACACAAGAUGGAAUGAGAAGGUCCCCAGGAGAAACAGCAUCUGAGCUGAAAACUGGGCCAGAGGACUCUGCUUUCCCUGACAUUCAGUUACAAAGGCAAGAAAGACCACAAAGCACUUGUUCUUCUUCCAGUGUGGUGGGACAGGUAAUAAAAACUAUGGAGCACUUCAUGGAGAAGUUUGCUGUGGACCUGCUCACUGUUACACAGGCCUUUCUGAAAAACAGCGGUGACGUGGAAGCUACUUCAUACUUUCUGCAGACAGGGCAGCGCUUGGAUGGGUACCCUGUAUGGAGCAGAGAGGAUGAUUUAGAAUUGCAAAAGGAUGAUGAACAUGUCAGAAAUAAAUUGAUAGCCAAAUUUGGAGCUGAAAACGUAGCAAAGCGGAUAAUGUUUAGAGAGAGUUAACAAGAGAACAUUACUGAUCCAGAACAGUUGCAUAAGUGUAAUAGUAAUUUCAGAAACACAGUGGAAAAUUUGAUCACAGUUCUGAAGUUUCAGAAAUGCUUUAAUUUUUUUUUUGUAUUAAAAGGCCUGUUUUGCAUCUCUGCAGAUCUAAGAUGCAGCUGCUUUAAUCAAAGGAAUGCUUUUACCAGGCCAUAUAUUCUACUUGCGAAAAAUACACCAGAUUUCAGGGCUAUGAGUAAUAGUUGAAGUAGGAAAUGAAAGUUAAGGGGGAAUUACCAGAGGUUAUGUAUCUAUCACCUAAGCUGCAUUUGAGAGAGAACACUAUUACUAGGAUAAAGUCAUAAUCUGAAAAACUCAGUACUUUUAGCCUGAAAUUGUGCUCUGGUUACUUUUUUUAAUACUAUUUGAAGUGAGUCCUAAAAAUCUGGAAUUCACUCUUUUGGUGAAAUAAAAUGGGCUGGCAAAGGCGAAGUCUGGUUUUGGGGUUUUUUUUUACCUCUCUAAACAGUUAACAUUUUGGGUUUUUCGCAUAUUGCUAAAAAUCUGGAAUUCAUUCUUUUGGUGAAAUAAAAUGGGCUGGCAAAGGCGAAGUUUGGUUUGUCUUUUUUUUAACCUCUCUAAAGAGUUAACAUUUUAAGUUUUUAGCAUAUUACACUGUGGCACUCAGAAAAUUAAGGUGGAUUGUGAAAUGGCUGAUGUUAAGCCAAAUUAAAAUUAUAUUGAAAAUAAAAAACAAUAUAAUGAGACUGCUGUUUCAGGAAACCACUGCAACACCUACUGAUUACUCAA